AUGUAUCCCUUGAUUUGGAUUGACAAGGAAUGGUUUUUUACACAUCAACGUAAUAGGCAAGGAACAAAAAUUGAAAGUGGAAUAUUUUGUUCAACAAAUCUAUAUCGAAGAAAAUAUUACGCAUUUUAUUGGAAAUCAGAUGUACAUAUUUGUCCACAUCUUCAAGAAAACGAUUUAAGUUUAGUUAAACAUGUUCCCAUUCGUAAUGAACGAAUGACAGAUAAUUUUGUCAAUUAUUUUCCAAAUGCUACUGAAUUGACUCUUGCAUAUUAUUCCUUUAGAACAGCUUACUAA